AUGGAGAACACAACGAUGAUACAGUCUUUUAGACGCUAUUUCGCAUUGAGCUUUUCUGUGCUGUUUCUGAUCGGAAACAUAGUGGUGCCAGCGUUAGGGCAGGCAGAAAAAAAGGAAGAUCUGAUUGGGCAUUGGACCUUCGAGAACGGUGUCGAAUUGGAGGACCUGACGGGACACUUUGGCGAUAUUGAUCUCUUAGAUGCCGAUGUGAAGGACGGAAAAUUGCGCAUCGGCAAUAAUGAGUGGGCAAUGACCACAGGCUAUAAAGGACCUGACAUCGGUCCCGACAAGACAUUGGUAACGUGGAUCUAUUUAGACGAUCUGAGCAUCACAAGAGGUGCCACACUGGCGGUCAACAAAAGCAGCGGGGACACCUUUGACGCGAUCGUUUAUGCGGAACGCCAACCGAAACGUUGGAUGGCUGGUAGUAGCCACUUCAGACGCACCCAGGAUGCAGACCCCGGUUUUGAGGAGAAAGAGACAGGGAAACUGAUCCAACUGGCGAUUUCGUAUGAAGAUGAUGGCGGAAACACGAAGAUUAUGAUAUACCGCGAUGGCGAUGUUAUCGGUGAUUAUACGAUGGGGCCGAUUGUUUCUUGGGAAGCCGGUGAUGUGGAAGCACUGUUCGGUCCGCGUGCUCUCAUUGGUGGCACCGCCUACGGCUGGGUCGUCGCGCGUGUGGAAGAUGCGAGAAUCUACAACGCCGUUCUCGACGAGAAAGAGAUUAACAACUUGACCGUGGACACUUUGGAUGUCGAAGCACGUGGUAAACUCGCGGCAACGUGGGGAAGGUUGAAAUUUUCCAAAUAG